GAUGUCAAUUCCUGCCAUUUACAAAAAAAAAAGAAUUAAGAAAAUUAAAACACCACCAUUCUCAAGACACUCCUGGACACCUGCCGACUAGACAAGAGUUCGCUGACUCGCCGUGCACAGUACCUUUGAUUAUUCAGCGGAGGAAGUCGCGAGGGUAGAGAUGGCGGGAAAAGAAAUCCAAGGGUUCGGUGUUGAGCUCAAGAAAUUGGAGUAUACCUCUUUUUUCAACUGGCUAGUUAGUUUUCAAGAUCCAGUGAAUCAGUAUCGUGCCCAUCCUUCAUACUUUUACUGUCAAGCAGUUUUCCUCCUUGGAGCAGUUCUUAUCACGCUCCAUUGCAUCCGCAGGGGCGGAAGAUGGCCCUAUCUCUUUCUUGCUGCCAUUGGUCAGGGUUUCACAGUUGAAUUAAUCUCUUACUGGGUGCCUCAUAUAGAUAAUUUUUGGCAGGGAGAGACGUUUAUGAUGUUUUUUGGGCACAGACUCCCUCUCUACAUCAUCUUCCUGUAUCCUGUUUUCUACUACCAUUCAUCCUGGGCAGUGUCCAAAUUGAAACUGAGGUGUGGUCUGGUGGAACAUUUAGCUGUGGGAAUCCUAACAGUGCUCAUUGAUAUUCCAUACGAUAUCAUUGGUGCAAAGUAUGUUCACUGGACUUGGCAUGAUACUGAUCCCAAUAUUGAACACAGACACUACUGGGUACCCUGGAAUUCUUACUACUUCCAUGCGACCUUUGCUGCGAGUUGGUCUUUGAUUUUUCACUCGUCCAGGAAAUGGUUCACCGGGAAGAAUCUCCAAAAAUGGGAAGCUGGUCCUGUCAAGGCUGAAGUUCUGUCAGUUAUCUUGGCAUCCCUCUUUGGAAUGCCUGGUGGAUGUCUAGUUUUCGUCAUCCUCUACCAUCCCUUCCACGAUGUCUUCAAUGUUCACUCCGAAGUGACUUCGGUAACGCUCUUGGUGACCUUCAUGAUUAUCAUCUGGAAAUUCGACAGGAAUUCCCUCCGAACGGGUCUAGUGGAAAAAAUGCGACUCCUCGAUUGGGCUCUGAUAGUUCAUCUUGUUCUGCACUACCUCACAUUUCUCUUGACAGCAGUUGUUUUCGACCCAGAAAAACUUAUCAGCAUUGGACUCCAUGAACCAGUUGGAGACUGUAAUAAAUUUGUCCCCGUCCAUGGACUCUUCAAGACACUGCAGAAGAGGGAGUUUCUCUGUGUGACGGAUUACGAUGAGAAGUAUUACGAUUUCCAUUGCCUACCUGGGAAGAAACUUCCUGAUGAGGGGAGUGUAUGGUACACAAUUUGUGGUACUCCAUUCGAGAAUCGAGUGGAGUACAUCUUGAUACUCUCGCUGAUAACAUUCGUCGCAUUUAUCGUCUUUUCUUCAAUUCACUUCGAUGGAAAGCCAAAAGUCACCUCAGCAGAUGUCCCCAAGAAAUUAUCCCGCGAUCCAAAGAAGAAAUCCAAAAUCCAAUAAAUUUGUACAAUAAAAAUUUUACUGGGUGUUGAAUAAAAAGAUGUACACAGCAACAGCAA